AUCAAUUUUGCAUAUAGAGACAGUAAAAUGAAAUGAACGGAGUACUGUACAAUUAUAAUUUAUAGCUUUCCAAAGAAUACAAACACCUACUCAAACUGUGAAAUAUCACACUCAUCAUUACUAUAAAAGCUUUAAAGAGGGAGAAAAAGAAAAAUAGUGAGAGAGAAAUAGUUUUGAGAUUGGCAAAAAAGAAAUGGAGGAAUUGGAGAAGAAGAAUAUUAGUAGCACUAGUAUGAAGGAGGAAGAAGAAGAAGAAGAAAUUGACAAUAGCUUUGUUCCUGUUUAUCACUCUUUUUCUUCACAAAAUUAUCAUUCUCAUGUUGCUUCUGGUGUUGAUUAUUUGUCUAUUUUAGCAUCUAAACAUGGCGAUUUUCUUCUCUCCUCAGCUGGAGAUCAGGUGAAAGUUUCAGAACUCGAGGGCAAAGUUGUUGGCCUUUACUUUUCAGCUAACUGGUAUUCACCAUGUACGAAGUUUACAAACCUGCUAGUUAACGUGUACCAGCAACUUAAGGAAUGCAGCAAUGUCAAUCUCGGUUUUGAAAUUGUGUUUGUUUCGUCCGAUGAAGACUUAAAUGCCUUCAAUGCUUAUAGGUCAUCAAUGCCUUGGCUUGCAAUUCCAUUCUCUGAUUUGGAAACAAGGAGGGCUCUUACCCAAAAAUUCGAUGUAGAAGGUAUCCCUUGUUUGGUAAUUCUACAACCUAACGAUAACAAAUUAGACUCUGCAGUUAUUAAAGACGGAGUUGAACUCGUGUAUCGAUAUGGAGUGCAAGCUUUUCCGUUUACCAGAGAAAGGUUGGAGGAGUUACGAGAGAAGGAGAAGGAGAAACAUGACAGCCAGACCUUGAGCAGUUUGCUAACACACGAAGCCAGAGAUUUUCUUUUGGGGCAUCCUAGUUCUAAACAGGUACCUGUUGCUUCUUUAAAGGGGAAAACAGUUGGACUUUACUUCUCCGCACAAUGGUGCAUUCCUGCAAAAAAAUUUACGCCGAGGUUAGUUUCAGUCUACGAAAAGAUUAAGCAGCAACUAGAGGGAAAGGAGGAGGAAGAUUUCGAGAUAGUGUUUGUAUCAAGUGACCAUAACCAAGUGGAGUUCGCAACAUAUUUUGAGACUAUGCCUUGGCUGGCAAUCCCAUUCGAUGAUCCAACAAUCAAAGCUCUAGCUAAGUAUUUUGAUAUCCGAGGGAUUCCGAGCCUAGUGGUAUUGGGCCCUGAUGGUAAAACGGUAACCAAACAAGGUAGGAGCCUCGUCAACUUGUAUAAGGAGAAUGCUUACCCAUUCACAAAGACGAGAGUAGGGAUAUUAGAGAAGCAAAUGGAUGAAAUAGCAAAAGGCCUUCCAAAGACAGAAACUCACUCGGGCCAUCGACAUGAACUCACUUUAGUGCCAGAAGGCCAUGGAGGUGGAGCGUUCAUCUGUUGUGAUUGUGAUGAACAGGGCUAUGGAUGGGCUUACCAAUGCCUUGAGUGUGGCUAUGAGGUACAUCCCAAGUGUGUGAAACCCGUGUGCCGCGGCCCAGAUAACUAAGUUCUUGAGCUGAUCUUAAUGUUCUUACAUGUUAUGUAGGUAUGAGAUAAACAGGUAAAAGGAUACCUUAUGUAUAAUAUAAUUGGGUAUAAAGUGUGUCUUACUGACCAGUUACUGUGGAUUUUAAUGGGCUUAUGUUUAUUGUUUUCAUGACUUCUUGUUGGUUUGAACAUUUAUCAGAUAUGAGCCUUUGCAAAA